CUUCGACUUCUUACUAUGUGUACUAUGUAUUGCUGAAAGAAAGAAUGUCUUGUCAUGAGUUUGUAGUCGUCUUUUCCUUUUUUUUCAUAAUUUUCCUUUCCGCAAUCGUAAAGAACGUUCGCCUGUCCUCGACGUACUUUCUCAUCGGAACAACAUACAAUGCUACGAGGGGAGGGUAGAGCUGGGCAACGGCUACUAAAAAGUGCGUAAUACUAGGAAUUGAGGGUAAGUAUUAACAAUAACUAGGACAAUAUCUCCUCAUGCUGUCUUACAUAUAUUUUCCGAUGUGCAUUAUACCAGGGCGGAGUCUUAUACUUGAAUACGACCAUGAUUUCUGCUGUAUCUUUGAAUGCUUUGAUUGAUCAGGCGGCAUUGAGAAUUAGCGGUCGGGCAGACCGCCGAAUGAUUCAAAUAAAAAUGUUCAUGUUGACAUUUUUAGGGUGCACCUUGUUGAUGUUGUUUCCUCUCAAGAUAGACAUAUAAGAAUCGGCUGUUUGGUAACCUCCCUGGUGUAGGGAAGCUGAAUAUAAGAGAUGUGCCUCGAAGUAGCCACCUCAGCGUUUGCUUGUUGUAUUCGCAAGGCAUCUUUUAUUUCAAUGUGUAAGUUAAUAGAAGUAGCAGUAGUUUCCAACUUGUUCAUAGUUGUAGAUGACCUAGUCAAUUGGAUGUCGAGCAGCGUAGUGUAAUUUGCUACAUAUUGCUCUUGUUCAGAAAACUCUUAACUACACUGUCAUGUAGGGCAACAUGGCAACUGGGAUGAGACUCGGGAGAGAUGAUAGGGCUUACUGAAGGUACUUACACCAAUGAAGCGUGAUAUGCCAUCCUGAAAAUAGCCAUCCAUUAACCGGAACAUGAUCUAGUUCUAGAUAGGAUCCUGAGAAUAUGCAUUCUUCUUUUCCGCAAAUUGUUCACAAGGUAGAAGGCUUGUUUUCAUCAUAGCAUCUUCAGGUACGUGUUAAAAAGGAAUUCUUAGAUACGGCAACGACACAGACUGUUAUUUUCAAAAUAGUGUCUUCGCUAGAAUGGAUUUUAUUUGAAUUCAAGGAUCUUCUCGAUACCGAUUUCAUUUUUCUGAGGCCCCCGGACACGUGCAAGUUCCUGUCUUCUGCCACCGCUGCACCAGGUAGAACUCGAGGUUUGGUCCGUCACAUAGGUAGUCUGAGACCAGCACCAUGGUGUCGCGGUCUUGGAAAUUUAUAUAUGUUCCACGGCGCGGGGGGGGGGCGGGCGCCCUGGACCCCUUUUUCAGGCGUCUGCCGGGGGGCGCAAGGCCUCAAAAGGGGGCCCAGUGACCUCCCCCCUCCGCUCCCUUCCAGCUGCCUGGCUGUUCCCUGGGGGCCUCCGAUGGUGGUGGGAGGCUUCAAAAGGGGCCCAAGGGACCGCCUGCGCCCCCGUCCAGGUGCCUGCCUGUGCCCUCAGUGCAUCCGUUAGGCUUCGCCGCCGCAGCAGUGCACCGGCAACGGAAGGCCUCCGAAGACGGCAAAAGGCGAGGGGCUGGACCCCCUGAGGCGUGCCGCCUGUGCCCGGCCCUUGGUCAUCGGCUUGCUUGCUCUUGCGACCGUGGCCGUGGCCGCCUCCGGCGGCCUUUUACGCCGGAGGCCUCCCGCCUGCGAGGGUCAGCAGAGGCCAGGGGGUCCCUUAGGAGCACGCUGAGAGGCCCAAGGGGAGGCCCGCGCCAAGUUUUGACGCCUUCCACCACUAGAAUCCGCGAAAAAUCCGCGCGCAAAUGCGCGCGCGCGCGCGCCACCACACACCAGACCACAGGGGGGGGAGGGGGGGGGCGUCCGGCCCUGAGUCAUAUAUAACGCUGAGAAAUUUCCCCUUAUAUCUAUAUGAACGCUAUUCCUAAGGAGCAAGACUGACAGCAUAAGUCUAUCUUCCUAUGUUCAUCAAAGAGAAGAGUUUUUAGUUCAUUAGAGUGGGGACGAGUAUGACUAUGACUUCAAAAAGGUAAGAAACUAAGACAUUUCAACUUGAUACAUCGAACUGCGGGCGUUGGUAUGACGAGAUUGAGUUUGCAUUUUUGGCAAGGGGAUUGAAUACAAUAUCUUGUUAUUAAAAAGAGGACAUGAUUCAUUUUCAUAUUGGCGAGAGGACUUGAUAACAGGCAAUAUCUUCUUGAUUUUGAGAACAAAGAAAAACAAAACGGUGUUCGAUGACUAAGAAAAAUUAUUGCUAGUACGAUGUUGUUUGUCUUGGAGGCGCGUAUGUGUGGGUGUGUUCAUAAACGAGCAAGCAUGCUGGGACACAAAAGUAUGAUGCGCUACCAGGGCCAAUGACGACAUCAAAUAUAUUUUUCAAAAGGUCGACGUCGAUCUAUUCUCACGAUCUGCUCUCUCCGGAUCUAUCAUCAACAUGAAUUAAGGGUUAAGGUAAUUGUAUGUGGUUGAUGAUGUGCUAAACCUAGAAGAGUAGACAGGAUAAGAAACACCAUGUGAUUCGAAGCAACCCGUUGGUUCACUUGUUUUUCGACAGCUCGACGUCGAUGUCAAAGAACUCAAUUUCUUAUCUGGUAAUAGGAUAAAAUUAAUAUUUAGGAUUAGGAAGCAUACUUUUUAGCUUUAAAAAGGGCAUGAGACGUCAUCUAGUAAAGCCCAUGUCGUAUGGAGAAUUGUCGUGCGAGGGAAGUUCCCUAUUUGAUGGUUCUAUUCAGAUGAUUCAUGCGUCCAUACUCUUUUCACCAUUUUUACUAGGCGUAGAGAAGGAACACGAGACGAAAAACUAUCCUCAAUACAGGUGGACGGUAAUUUCCACAACAGCAUGUUGUCCAAGUGCAACUAACUGUAGCUGCAGCCAACAUCUGGAUCUAUUUGGUCCAAGGGGCGGUGGUUAUCACAUAGAUAAGAAUAAGGAUCCCGAUUGUCAAGAGUUAGAGCUAAAAGGCUCAUGCUGCCACCAUAGCAGUUCUUGUUAUCAAAGAGAUGCACAAAGUGCUUGCAGAACAUCCAUUUCGCUAUACAAAGCGACAUGUUGUACGAAUAGGAACUAUAUUAUAACCCCUAGCGGAGGUUCCACUACCGCAGAAGAAUCACGAAAAAAAAUGUUUGCGCUAAAUCAUGAGAGAUGAAAUUAUGCAUACGAGAUCCUGAAAUCUUGCAAUGGAGAAUCACUAGCAUUGCAUUGUUGGGUAUUAGCGUUGUGCUUCAUCUUAUAGAGUAAUCUCGCUUUCGCCCGCCCAAGAGAAGAGAUGCUCUGACUGAGUCCUACGUUUUUACGUGCAUUGCGUCCAUGUGAAUCAGAUGCGUACGCAAGGACGUCAUUUCAUCAUGUCCGAAAAUUGCAAAUUGUAAUGGAGAUCAAGAAAGAUCAGAGUCAUAAUCUUCCUUCUCCUUCAAAAAAAAGAAGUUGAAG